AGAUGGCCGAGUAUCCCACCAUCUCCAUCGAUCGCUUCGACAGGGAGAACCUGAGGGCCCGUGCCUACUUCCUGUCGCACUGCCACAAGGAUCACAUGAAAGGAUUAAGAGCCCCUACUUUGAAAAGACGGUUGGAGUGCAGAUGAGGAAACUGAGGAACCAGAGAGGUUAAAUUAGUUGCCCAAGGUCACGCAGCCAGUAAGUGGCAGGACCAGGAUUUCAACCAGGUCUGUCUGAUUUUAGAACCUGUGGAUUAGUUAUCUAUAUUGCUGCGUAACAAGUUACCCCAAAACUUAGUGACUUAAAACAACUAAUCAUGUGUUCUCUUUCUCAGUUUCUGUGGGUCAGGAAUUCUGAGGGGGCACAAUGGGGACGUCUGGUCUCUGCCCGAAUGAAUGUCGUAUGGGGGCUGACAUUAUCUGAAGGCUCACUCAUUCAAUGACUGACUCCUGAGUUGAGAAGACUCAAGUAGCUGGGGUUCCUUGGGCCUCUCCGUCUCUAAAAAUGUCUCUUCAGCGUGGUGUUUUCAGGCUAGCUGGACUUUUUAAAUGGAGACCCAGGGCUUAAAAAGUAUACAUCCUAAGAGAGUGUUAGCAGGUGGCCAUAUUGCCCAGAGACCUAGCCUUGAAAGGCCUGCAACGUUACUUCUAUCACAUUCUGCUGGUUAAGGUAACGAAGAUCUGCCCGGGUCCAAGGGGAGGUUCCAACAGACUCUUCCUGUCGAUAAAGGAAUCUCUGUGUCCAUUCUGUAAGAAGAGUGUGUAUAGAUGGGAUAUAUUUUAGUAUGACUAUCUUUGGAAAAUACAGGCAGCCAUAGACUGUGUUCCUAACUGCUAAGCUAUACUGUUGAAUUUUUGAAGUUUAUUAUGAAAUUGAUUUUUGGGCACUAAAAACCAGAAUAGAUUUAUAUGAAAUAAAACGUAGAAGUCUUCUGUCUCCCGCACCUCCUUUCAUUCUCCAGAGGUAGCUUAAUGUUUGGUCUUGUUUUUCCAGACAUACCUGAUCCUGUACCAACACGCAUCUUUCAUGUAAGAAUGGUGAGGGAUACCCUCCUUAGGAGGUCAGAGGACACAAUGUUUUCUCUCACCUUUCCCAUCAUCCUUUACUCUCUCAAUGGGACUGAGACAGUCAUUGGGGUGGCAUGUUGGGAAUGACUGUAACCCUUUUUGUGCCAGCCCAGUUUCUGAAUAGCUUGGGAUAACUGAUAUGUGAUGAAACGUAUUUCCUGGCCCCCCAGAUGGCAUGUUGGAUUGCACUGAAACCGCUUUGUUUUCUGUCUUUUCCUUUCAGCUUGAAGGUUUACUUAUACUGUUCACCGGUUACUAAAGAGUUGUUGUUAACCAGCCCGAAGUACAGAUUUUGGGAGAAACGGAUUAUAUCAAUUGAAAUCGAAACUCCUACCCAGAUACCUUUAGUCGAUGAAGCAUCAGGCGAGAAGGAAGAGAUUGUUGUCACUCUCUUACCAGCUGGUCAUUGCCCAGGAUCAGUUAUGUUUUUAUUUCAGGGCAAUAACGGAACCGUCUUGUACACAGGAGACUUCAGAUUGGCAAAAGGAGAAGCUGCCAGAAUGGAGCUUCUGCACUCUGGGGGCAGAGUGAAGGACAUCCAAAGUGUGUACUUAGAUACGACUUUCUGUGAUCCGAAAUUUUAUCAAAUUCCUAGUCGGGAGGAGUGUCUGAGCGGAAUAGUGGAGCUCGUCCGCAGCUGGAUCACCCGGAGCCCAUACCAUGUCGUGUGGCUGAACUGCAAAGCCGCUUACGGGUAUGAGUAUCUAUUCACCAACCUUAGUGAAGAAUUUGGAGUCCAGGUUCAUGUGGACAAACUCGACAUGUUUAGAAACAUGCCUGACAUUCUUCAUCAUCUCACGACAGACCGUCGCAGCCAGAUCCAUGCGUGUCGGCAUCCAAAGGCAGAGGAAUAUUUUCAGUGGAAUAAAUUACCGUGUGGCAUCACUUCCAAAAAUAGAAUUCCGCUCCACACCAUCAGCAUUAAGCCAUCCACGAUGUGGUUUGGAGAAAGAAGCAGAAAAACAAAUGUAAUUGUGAGGACUGGAGAGAGUUCGUACAGAGCUUGUUUUUCUUUUCACUCCUCCUACAGUGAGAUUAAAGAUUUCUUGAGCUACAUCUGUCCUGUGAAUGCAUAUCCAAAUGUCCUGCCAGUGGGCACAACUAUGGAUAAAGUUAUAGAAAGCCUAAAGCCUUUAUGCCGCUCUUCCCAAAGCACUGAGCCAAAGUAUAAACCACUCGGAAAACUGAAGAGAGCUAGAACAAUGCAACUAGACUCAGAGGUGGAGGAAGAUGAUCUCUUUGAUGAUCCUCUGCCAGUCCCUUUAAGGCACAAGGUUCCAAACCAGCAAACUCUUUACCCUGAGGCAUUUCCAGUGACCGCAGUAUCACAAAACCAGCCUGAAAACCUGAGAGAAAGCACAGGAGGCUUCGAAGGAGAGAGUACGCAGACCUCCCUUUGGGCCAACUUUAUAGAUUGUGAGGAAUCCAACAGUGAAAGUGAAGAAGAACUACAAAUCCCAGCUUCCUCUCAAGGAGAUCUGGGUCCCGUCACUCAUCACCAGCCAAAGGCUGAUACGGAAGUACCACAGUGGGAAGUAUUCUUUAAAAGAAAUGAUGAAAUCCCACAUGAUGGUUUGGAAAACUUCCCUUCCUCCACAGAGGCGGGAGGCUCUCAGUCACCAAAGCUUUUCAGUGACUCCGAAGGGGAAUCAACUCACAUCUCUUCCCAGACUUCUUCUCAGUCAACACACAUAUCGGAACAAGGAAGUCAAGGCUGGGACAGCCAAUUUGACACUGUUUUGUUAUCUUCCCAAGAGAGAAACAGUGGGGAUAUUACCUCCUUGCACAAAGGUGGCCACAGACCAAGACUCAAAGAGAAUGUUCCCGCCUCUCAGGUGGAACAAAAUGUAUUUUGCCUAAAGGAUACUUACUGUGAUUUGAAAAGCAGGCAUCAAGAUGUAAAUAUAGUUCCUGGUGUUGGAGAACCAACCACUCUAAGCAGUGGGAAACAUAUACCUCAGGAAAGAAGGCUGCUGCAUCCUAGCACCAACGCAGACUCACAGAGCUCCUCUGAUUUUGAAAUUCCCUCAACUCCAGAAGCUGAGUUACCUGAACAAGAGCAUUUACAGUAUUUAUACGAGAAGCUGGCAACAGGCGAGAGUAUAGUAGUUGAAAAAAGAAAAAGCUCACUCUUAGAUACUUGAGAAUUAAAAAUACUUCAUUCCGGAGCAACCACUAAAAAACCUAUACAAAGAGGUAAUAGUCAAAAUCAUAAUAGAUAAAUUAAAAUGGAAUACUUAAAAAUGCUCAUAGAAUGUAAAAGAAGGCAGUAAAGGGGAAACAAAGGAAUAGAAAACAAAUAAGGUAUGGUAGAACUAAAUCCAAAAAUGGUCUAAACACACAGAAAAAAACAUAAUUAUGUGCUUUCAUAAAUAAGAAACUUCCUUCAAAUGACAUAGGUAGGUUAAAAAUCAAAGGAUGGAAAAAGAUAUACCAUGUAAACAAUACUUAGAAGAAAGCUGAAGAGGCUAUGUUAAUAUCAGACAAAUUUCCUAAUGAUAAAAGUUUCAGGUCACGAAGAAGCCUUAAUCCUAAAUGGGUAUGUACCUAACAACAGCUUCAAAAUAUACAAAGCAAAAACAACUGAAAGAAAAGACAAACUAAUGCACAAUUAUAACUGGGGACUUUAACAUUCCUCUCUCAGUAUCAGCAAGGAGACAGAAGAGCUGAACAGCACCAUCAACCAAUUGGAUCGGACACAGAACACUCCACCCAACGGCAGAACACAUGCUUUUCAAGUACACAUGGGACAUUCACCAAGACAGACCCUAUCUUGGGUCAUAAAAACAUUGCAAAUUGAAAGAAUAAACUUGGAUCUAUUACCAUAAA